AUGCAACCAGUCUCGAACAGUAUUGUUCGGAUGGCUUCUUCCUUUUUUCAAGAAGAAAGAUCCCAACGCGCCGAAGUAGGAUCUACGAGUCUGUCUCCCCAGUCUCCCUUGGCAAGUUACACCCAAUCUUUGAGACUAUUAGAACCAAAUCGACUUUAUCCCAAACGUCCAAUUGAAAAGACUAAACUAUUCCCCACUUCUCGUCAUAAACAUUAUGGUAUUCAUAAAGGUUUACAAACCGUACAUACUUGUAUGUCACCUUUGUCACCUUUAGCUUCACCUUCACCUUCAUCAUCUCCUUACAUGAAAACAAGUACAAGUACACCAAAACUUGAAAGAUAUAAACAAAAAGCAACCACUAUUCCAUUCCCUUCCACCUUCCUACCAAAUCAACAACAACAUCACACAUCAUUCACUGAGAGUUAUCGUGUCAUCAAUCCGAAUAUUUCACCCAUGAGACACCACCCUACACGGGAUGAAAAUGCGCAGUAUAACAUUACUCGUACUCGUACUGGGAAAGAUCAUAUCCCUCAGAGGAUGACGUACGAUUCGAAAGGACACGUAAGUGCAAAACCGAGGAAACAUGUCGUACGUUUCUCAGAAAAGAACCUAGUCCAAGAAACGUCUCGUUUUUGUCCGGUUACUUACGCCCCGUUGAUCCUAAGGGCGUUUGAUGCCAGGAAAAAAGGAGUAAGAGGAAUGAUUUACUUCUGUACCUCGUUGAAUUUGAGGGUUUAUGUGAACAAGAUUCCGACUGCAUGA